GCCAUGCCCGACCUCCGCAAGACCCGCAUGUGCAAGGCCUUCGCCGAGGGCAAGUGCACAGAUGAGACUUGCGCAUUUGCGCAUGGAGAACAGGAGCUGGUUUCCACAGGCCUCUUCCAUAAGAUGUCGCUCUGCAAGUGGAAUGAGAAGGGCAAGUGUCGCAAUGGCAGCCAAUGCCGCUUUGCGCAUGGUCUUGAAGAACUCCGCGACGUCAAGAAAGCCGCAAUGAAUGCCCUGGCCCAAGAUGUGCCACCCAAGGCUGGAACCUACGAGAAGGCGGAGCCCAUGAAGGUGACAAGCACCGGAGCUGGCUUGGA